AAAGUCCUUUUCUUUUUUUGGUGGAAAUAUCGAAUUUACUUUCCCAGCAAAAGCGUGGUUGCUCUUGUCCGUUUCCAUCGAGUUUCAUCCUAUAGAUCUUUUCCGCGCAUUUCAUUCGUCAGCAACCUGAGAAUCUUCACCAGACACAGGGAUCCUCUUUUUCGUUCCAAGAUUCUUUCGAGCUAUUUAUUCACUCUUGCGGUUGCAGGCUUAGGGAUGUCAAAGUAGCAAGUUUUGCUGUAAAGUCCAUUUUGUUUCGCUGUUUUAUUGUUAGUUUCACAUUUUCCCCUGGGAAUCUGCUGAAGACUGAGAAAUUGAAUAUGAAAGCAUAGACAGGGAAGUGGAGUUUUCUCCUAUUUGCUUCUAUCACCAUUUUUCCAGGUUCUAUUAUGGAAAUUCCAAUCUGAGAGUUUUUGUUUUCCCCCUUUUUUGUGGUAUAGUGUACAAGCGGCCUUUUGGGACAGGAGCAAUGCAGUAGGUGUUGAGCAAGAUAGUGCUGGCAGAAGAGAUAUAGUUUGGGGAUUUGCAAUAGAAAAGCUCUACUUAAUGUCCUGAAAAAUGGCAGUUUUCCGCUUGCUGGUUUCGAGGAUCUCAUCUAGCAUGAGAGUUUGUCCGUCUGUACAGUUUUGGAUGACCAAAUCAAACAGAAAGGUUAUAACAAGCAUUAAUUGGCAUCACUUCUUUAUCAGUACAGUGCCGACUCUACCUUUAAGUUUUUCAGACAUUUCUAAGGUGUCUGCUAGGCACACAACUUGGCGAGAACUUUUUGAUAUGAGUGCAGAUUCUCACAUGUGUCGCUCUGAUGGUGAUGCACGUAUUAAGCCUCUUUCUCUGAGGAGUUACCAAGUUGUAGUGGCUGCAACUCGUGAUCUUGGUAUUGGAAAAGAUGGCAAGUUACCAUGGAGGUUGCCUUCUGAUCUUAAAUUCUUCAAGGAGAUUACGGUAACUACUACAGAUCCUGUGAAGAGGAAUGCAGUUGUCAUGGGAAGGAAAACUUGGGAAAGUAUUCCUCCACAAUUUCGACCUCUGCCUGGUCGUCUCAACAUUGUGCUGACUCGUUCAGGGAGCCUUGGCCCUGCUAUUGAUGAUAAUGUUGUCUGUUGUGGGAGCAUUUCAUCUGCUUUAGAAUUGCUUGCAGAAUCUCCAUAUUGUUCCUCAGUAGAAAAAGUUUUUGUAAUAGGAGGUGGACAAAUACUAAGGGAAGCGCUUAAUGCACCGGAAUGUGAAGCCAUACACAUGACUGUAAUUGAGGCAGACAUUGAAUGUGACGCUUUUAUUCCUCCAGUUGAUGGCUCACUAUUCCAGCCCUGGUACUCUUCCCCACCUACAGUAGAAAAUAACAUCCGGCACUGUUUUGUGACAUAUGUUCGUGUGAUGAGUUCUGCAGUUGAGCCUGUUGAUUUGCACCAGCAGGCAAAGUCUAAUAGGAGUUCAGAUUCCAAGAGGUUCAAUGUUUCAAGUUUUUCUUUCUUGCCAAAGACUGUCUUUGACAAGCAUGAUGAGUUUUUGUAUUUGAGAUUGGUUCAAGAUAUUAUUGCCACUGGCAACCACAAAGAUGACCGAACUGGAACUGGUACCCUUUCAAAAUUUGGUUGCCAGAUGCGAUUUAACUUGCGUAGAUCUUUUCCGCUUCUUACUACUAAGAGAAUAUUCUGGCAAGGUGUUGUCGAAGAGCUUCUAUGGUUCAUCAGUGGUUCAACAAAUGCAAAGGUUCUACAGGAGAAGGGAAUUCAUAUAUGGGAUGGCAAUGCAUCCAGAGAAUACCUUGACAGUAUUGACCUGGAAGACAGAGAAGUGGGUGAUUUAGGACCUAUCUAUGGGUUUCAGUGGAGACACUUUGGUGCCCGAUACACUGGUAUGCAUGCCGACUAUAAAGGCCAAGGAUUCGAUCAGUUGUUAGAUGUCAUUGAUAGGAUAAAGAGAAACCCAAACGAUAGGCGUAUUGUUCUUUCUGCCUGGAAUCCUUCUGAUUUGAAGUUGACGGCUUUACCACCUUGUCACAUGUUUGCACAGUUUUAUGUGGCAAAUGGGGAACUAUCCUGUCAAAUGUAUCAACGCUCUGCAGAUAUGGGCCUUGGCGUGCCAUUUAAUAUAGCAUCUUACGCUCUUUUGACAUGCAUGAUUGCUCAUGUUUGUGGCCUUGUUCCUGGUGACUUCAUCCAUAUAAUAGGAGAUGCUCAUGUUUACAAGACUUAUGUUGUUCCUCUUCAAGAACAGCUUCAGAAAUUUCCUAAACCUUUCCCAAUUUUGAAGAUCAAUCCGGAGAAAAAAGACAUAGAUUCAUUUGUUGCUUCUGACUUUGAGCUGAUAGGCUAUGAUCCUCAUCAGAAGAUAGAAAUGAGAAUGGCAGUAUAGUUUCACACUAAAGGAGCUUCUGGAGGUAUUCGUAACAGAGGCAUGACCUGUUCAUAAGUUAAUUUCGAGUGAGUGUUUCUAUAUUUUCUUGUUGUAAUUUUAGCUCCUCUGGUUCUAGAUCAGGUUUAAAACAAGGACAGUUAUGCCAACCUAAUACUUCUGCGCUGAUAGAGGGUUUUUGACCUCUGUCCAUUUUAAUGGCCAUGAUUUCCGAAGGCAUGUUUACUUAUCCAUCU